AUGUCGCAUCACGCGAUGAGUUUGGAGGCGGCCAUGGACGAGGAGAGGCUUGCCAUUCUGGAAAUCUUGGAGCGUCAAGCCGCUGCCAAGGUUGCGCCGCAGACCUCGAGGAGAUCGGCAUCGCCCAUGACUACCCCGCGCUCGCCCAUCCGGAGCUUGCUGGACGUCGAGACCUCGCCCGCACGAAAAGGCACGCCGCCCCCGCUCAAGCCCGCGGACGAACGCGGAUAUGCCCAGAUUGUCCGAUGCGACCAGGAGACACAUCUCGCCGCAGCGCGGGUCACUUUCCGAAUAUCAGUUUGGCGAUAUUAUCACCUCCCAGAUCGGGCAGUCGUUGCCGCAGCCCAGGAGGAAUCAGCAGGGUGGACGGAAUCUCGCCAGCCCCUCGCGCAGGUCAGCACGCCCAACCCUCACCUAGCCCAGGGCCACGAGCCUCUGAGGCAUUCCAUCGGGGGUCCAUGCCACGCCGCGGAAACCAGUCGAGGCGUACAAGAGCUUGUCCGACGCGGGGCUGCUCGCCUCGGAAGGCCCGCUCGCGCAUUUGGCACUACAAAAGUGUCCCAGCAGGAGGACGGUGAAGGGCCGCUCGUCAAGGCCUACCUGGGCCCGGAUGGCGAGAGGCUAGACGACUCGAGUAGCGACGACGAGCCGCACACGGACGCCGACGACGAGGACGAGAACCACCGAGGAAGGAACACGGCACCCAGAAUUGUAUACGGCAGCGAAUCCGCGCAUCGCGAUUCCAUGUCUUCGGACCAGGGAAAACAACUAUCCUCGGCCUACAAGCAAGGAGAGGUCAACCCUUCGUCAACCGUCAACUCGGCCAACAACUCGGAGAACGAGAUUGAGCGGGAUGAAAUCCGUACGGCGCAAGAGAUGUCGGUGAGGCUGACAGAUGUUUUCUCCACGCCCGAGACAAAUCGAUCGGUACGGGUGAUUUAUCGCGGCGAGUUCACCAAGGUGGUGGCGGCGGCGGUGGAGGAGCACAAGAAGCUGCGCAAAUACCUCGUGGCAACAGACUUGAGCGACCACUCGGCGCACGCGCUGGAGUGGGCAGUGGGCACGGUGCUGCGAGAUGGCGAUACGCUCGUGGCGACAUGCUGCCUCUCGGAGGAAGGGGACGGCAAUCCGAACGGCAACAACGGCAGUUCCGGCAACGGGAGCAACGGCGCCGACGAGGGCAAGGAUGCGUCUGCGCUCAACCCGCCGCCAACGCAGCACCGAGCAUCGUCCAUCAGCCUGCUCACGUCGGCAUUUGCGAACCGCGACAGCGGCGUGUACGGGCCCAACAGCGGGAACAACGGGGCGGGCGACUCGGCCAGCAACAUCAGCACGGGGUCAGCCAAGGAGCAGGACCGACUGGAGGCGGAGAGGCAGCAGGUGAUAGAAGAGGUGACGGCCAAGGUGUCGAAGCUUCUGAGGCGAACCAAGCUGCAGAUGAUUGAUUUGAUCAAACCAACGUUGGUGAUUUUGGGAAGUAGAGGUCGCAGCUCGAUCAAAGGUGUUAUCCUCGGAUCGUUUAGCAAUUAUCUCGUGACCAAGAGCUCGGUGCCGGUCAUGGUGGCGCGCAAGAGGCUACGCAAGAAGACGAGAAGGGGCCCGAUGAAGCAGGUCAACAACCUCAGCAACCCGGCGGGCAGGAGUCUCGCGAGCGCCAAGAUUGACUAG